UAAACGUUGUAAUUCUAAGAAUAAACCCCUCUCUGGUGGUGUCGUCUUCAGGGAGAAACCAUCUUGCAAGAGACGGUUUGUUCAAUCAGGCUCAGGAGACGGGGUUGGCGCGGUGGUCAAGGGAGUCUAGUACAUGUUUCAUACGCGCAAUAACUCAACCCGAAAAUUCUCUAAGUUGUUGUAGACACUGUUAAACAUAUACUUCACGUCAGAUUGGAUUUCGGAAAGAAAUGUUUAGUCGUGAAGGUGAACAGAGUGUGUCGCGCACCCCUCUGUAGCCCUGAAUGGUAGAGUCAGCAAUGGAAGCUGCGCUGCAGGACUAAAGCUGUCCGUUCUGCUUUAGCGUCUUAUCAAUGCUCUGCCCGGCGUGAGGAUGAGUGAGCUGAAGGACUGCCCUCCGCUGCAGUACUAUGACUUCAAGCCGGUGGAGCAUGCCAAGGUGUGUCCGCGGUACACGGCGGUGCUGGGCCGCUCCGAUGAUGAUGGGAUCGGGAUCGAGGAGCUGGACACCCUGCAGCUGGAGCUGGAGACACUGCUGUCCCCCGCCAGCCGCAGGCUGAGGGCCCUGGAGGAGCAGAGACAGAUCCUGACGGACUGGCAGGACAAGAAGGGGGACAAGCGCUUCUUGAAGAUGGGGAAGGAGGCAGACCUGUCGGCCGCACCCCGACACUCCAAGCCCAAGAAACAGAAGCUGGAGGGAAAAGGGGGCCACGGGCCUGGACCUGGCCCGGGUCGGCCCAAAUCGAAAAACCUGCAACCCAAGAUCCAGGAGUACGAGUUCAGCGAGGACCCCCAGGACACCCCGCGCAUCCCCAAGAACGAUGCCCCCAACAGGUUCUGGGCGUCUGUGGAGCCAUACUGCGCCGACAUCACCAGCGAGGAGAUCAGGGUGCUGGAGGACCUGCUGAAGGCCCCCGAGGACGAGCCCGAGUACUACAAGGUCCCUGCUCUGGGGAAGCACUAUUCCCAGCGCUGGGCCCAGGAGGACCUGCUGGAGGAGCAGCGCGACGGGGCCAGAGCCAACGACAAGAAGAAGGGCAUCAUGGGACCGCUGUCCGAACUGGACGCCAAGGAUGUGGACGCCCUCCAGAAGAAGUUUGAGUCUCAGCAUGAUCCCCCUGAGGACGGUUGCCCCUUUGGGCCCCUGACACAGCGCCUCCUGCAGGCCUUGGUGGAGGAGAAUAUCAUCUCCCCAAUGGAAGACUCCCCCAUUCCUGAGGUCCCCAGUAAGGAUGGAGGUGGCGAUGGGGCCAGUACCUCCCCCCGCAGCCAGGGCAAGGCCUUCAGUGUGCCUCACACCCGUUCCCUGGAGGUGCGGAUCAAGGAGGAGCUGGUGGCGCAGGGGCUGCUGGACUCGGAGGAGCGUCCCGGGACGGACUGUGAGGACGAGGUCCUGGCCGAGCUCCACAAGAGGCAGGCCGAGCUGAAGGCCCUGAGCGCCCACAACCGAGCCAAGAAGCAGGAGCUGCUGAGGCUGGCGCGGGAGGAGACCCGGAGGCAGGAGCUGCGCCAGCGCGUGCGCGUCUCCGACAACGAGGUGAUGGAGGCCUUCCGCCGGAUCAUGGCCGCUCGGCAGAAGAAGCGCACGCCCACCAAGAAGGAGAAGGAGCAGGCCUGGAGGGCGCUGAGGGAGCGGGAGAGCAUCCUGCGGCUGCUGGACUGACCGCGGCCGGCCGGCGGGCGGGGGUCAGCGCCGCCCGGCCGCCCCCGCGGACACGCCUCCCAGGGGCCUCCGCCGGUGUUGCUCCAGUGUGACCCUCCCCGAGCACGGGCAGACACCCCUGGGGCCACCCGCGACCCGAGCCCCAGUGGCACUGCAGGGCCGACGGGGGGAGAUGCCCCAGCCCACCAGGGGGCGCUCACUCUCGGACCCUCGCUCUGCACCGGGCCUGGAGCAGCAGGGCUUCGGCAUUCUGACCAUUGCUUGCCAGGAGGAUCGUGUUCUGGGACCUGGGCCAGGCAAGACCCACAGAUCAUGUUGUUCUUGAAUCUUGAAACACUGAGGUCAGAGCAGCACCGGGUGGGUUCUGACCCGGUACACUGGCUCAGCCCGGCCCGCUCCACUGGCACUUCCUCUCCUCUCCCCGUGUGAGUUGGCGUUUGUCACCUGUUGUUUUGUUUGUUUAUCUUCUGUAUAUGUUUUUAUGUUGAAACACAUCACAUCGAAAGACUUUUGAAUAUAAUUAAAAUAAUCCAGACCGGA